GGAUGCGGCCAGCUGUGGCCACACACCAUGGGCGCUCACCAGUCGGCGCGCGCCUGCUCGCGGGGCCCCGCUGACCAGGAAGUUAAUUUCGACCACUUCCAGAUACUGAGAGCGAUAGGGAAGGGCAGUUUUGGCAAGGUGUGCAUCGUGCAGAAGAAGGACUGCAAACGCAUGUUCGCCAUGAAGUACAUGAACAAGAGCGCCUGCGUGGAGAGGGACGCGCUGCGCAACGUGCUGCGAGAGGUGGACAUCCUCGCCUCGCUGGAGCAUCCCUUCCUUGUCAACCUCUGGUUCUCCUUCCAAGAUGAGGAGGACCUGUUCAUGGUGUCGGACCUGCUGCUGGGCGGCGACCUGCGCUACCACAUCUCGCAGCGCGUGCGCUUCUCGGAGGCGUGCGUGCAGCUCUACGUCUGCGAGCUGGCCAUGGCGCUCGACUACCUGCACAGCCGCCGCAUCGUGCACAGGGACGUGAAACCAGACAACAUACUUCUCAACGAGGAGGGUCACGCCCAUCUGACGGACUUCAACAUCGCCACCGUCCUCGAGCCUGGCCAGCUGGCGACAUCCAUGUCGGGCACCAAGCCGUACAUGGCGCCCGAGAUCUUCGAGUGCGCGGCGGACGCGUGCCUGGGCUACGGCCCGCCGGUGGACUGGUGGUCGCUGGGCGUGGUGGCGUUCGAGGCGCUGUGCGGCGCGCGGCCCUUCGACAUCCACUCGGGCACCUCCGUGGCCGAGGUGCGCGCGCUGCUGCAGCGCGGCGCCGCACUGCCCGCCGCCUGGUCGCCCAGCACCCGCGAGCUGGUCGCCGCGCUGCUGAGCGUGCGGCCAGGUGCCCGGGUCAGCUCCAUGGAGGAGCUGCGCAAGCUGCCAUGCUACGCGCGCACGGACUUCGCCGCUGUGCUGCGGAAGGAAGUUAAGCCCGACUUUGUGCCUCCGAAGGACCAUCUCAACUGCGAUCCUACUUUUGAGCUGGAAGAGAUGAUAAUUGAAACCCGACCACUUCACAAGAAGAAAAAACGCCUUGCCAAGCAGCGCUCUUUGCGAGAGAUACAGGGGUCAGUGAGUGUUGAUAUGGUUGACUGCGACCUGCCAGCGGAGAAUCAGCUGAGUCACGUCCCGGAGUUCAGAGUGUACAACCGCGAGAGGGUGCUGGCGAUGGAGCAGAAGGAGAAGGCGUGGGAGGAGGAGCUGGCGGCGGCCAUGGCGGCGUCGGAGGCGGUCUCCGCCGUGGUGCCAGCCGCCGCCCUGUCACCCCACAGCGCCUCCUGCCCGCGGCUCGACAGCACUGGCGCCCCCAGCUCCGGCAACAACAGCAGCAGCAACGGCAACGGCAACGGAAACAACAACAGCAGCAGCAGCAACAGCAGUGCAGCGCAUCACGGAGACCGGCAGCGAGCGCGCUCCGGGUUGCUGCACCGCCACCAGGGGGUCAGCUUCGACGCCGCCAUGAACCACCUGCACGACGCCAAGGCGCCGCACCCGGCGCAGCAGGGCGGCAAGGGAGACCGCGGCAGCGACGUGCUGCGGCCCGCGACCACCACACCCCUCUGCCAGUGACCGCGCCUCGCGCUCGGCCUCAGCUACGAAUCUUCCGUCUGAGUCUCCACGUCUCCCCGCGUGGGUGAGCGUCGCCGCGGUUCUCGCAGUAGUGCCGGAGUAAGCUGACGUAUUGUGCGGUGCGUGCUGCAGGACCGAGGACACUCAUUCGAAAUCUCAGUAAGGAGAGGCGAUCUAAAAUGGAAGACUGAAAGCGAAUUCACUUUUGAC